AUGACAGCACCAAUCCCUUCCACUCAACAAGGCGCCGUAGUCCUCAACCCGGGCCCGAACUACCGAAUCAUCCAUCGCGAUGACCUCCCCGUUCCCCAACCAGGGGACCACGAAGUCCUCGUCAAGCUGACAUGCACCGGUUUGUGCCACUCGGAAAUCCGCGCCACCUCCGGCUGGAGCAAUUACAACUCGAUCAUCGGCCACGAGGGCAUCGGCACCGUCAUCCAGACCGGCUCCCUCGCCCCGCGGUCCUUACUCUCCGCCCGCGUUGGGGUGAAGUGGCUCUACAGCGCCUGCACGCACUGCUCCGUCUGCACCUCCGGCCACCCGCACUACUGCCCGCACCAGCGCAACACCAGCCGCCACGUCCCGGGCACGCUGCAGCAGUACGUCCUGGCGGACGCGCGAUUCCUGACCCCCAUUCCAGAGACCGUGGCCGACGAGGUCGCUGCGCCGCUGCUGUGCGCGGGACUGACGAUGGCGGGGGCGUUGGACCGGCUGGACGGCGUGCUACAGCCUAGAGACUCAGUGGUGAUUUCGGGGUCCGGGGGCGGGCUGGGCCAUCUGGGAGUGCAGAUCGCGGCGCGGGUGAAAAAGUGGAGGGUUCUCGCGGUGGACUCCGGGGAGGAGAAGGGGCGGUUGAGUCUGGAGGCUGGUGCGGCGGCGUUUGUGGAUUUCCGGGCUGAGGAUGUGGUGGCGCGCGUGAGGGAGCUCACACACGGGGAGGGGGCGCAGGCCACGGUGGUCGUGCCGGGGGAUCCGGCCGCGUUCAGGGUGGCGGCCGACUUGGUGAGGAAUCUGGGGACGGUGGUGUGUGUCGGGCUGCCGAGGAAUGACUUCGAGUUGCCGGUUUCCGCGACGCUGUGUGCGGCUAGAGGGAUCUCGAUUGUUGGCAGCUCGGUGGGGACGGAGGAGCAGAUGGCGGAGCUGUUGCGGCUGGCUGCUGAGGGGACUAUCACGCCUGCGGUGCAGUGUUAUGGGUUUGAUGAGACAGCGAAACUGAUUCGAGAUCUUGAAGAGGAUGCUAUCACGGGGAGGGCUGUGGUCAGAAUCCCCGAGUGA